AUGGAUCCUUUGAAGAAAUUACAAAGCCUGGCACCCACACAGGUUAUUACUAUGAAAAUAUAUGGCGCAACGAAAAAGCUUUUACAAAAAAGAAAACUACAAAAAAUCAAAACGGUUAUUUUCGAGAAUUUCAAAGGCUAUUGUGAUAAUACUUCUAUACAUGGAUUGAAAUACGUGGUGAAUAAGAGUCUACAUCCGAUUGAGAGGAUAUUUUUCGCAGUAUCUUUUAUAUGCGUUGUGUAUGGGGCAGCUGUUUUUGUUGGAAAAAUUUAUGAAAAAUGGAAUUACACACCAAUGCUGGUAAGUAUCAAUCCGAAGUCUACGCACAUCAUAGACGAUCCAUUUCCGGCGGUGACCAUUUGUAACCUCAAUCAGGUGUAUAAGGCAAAGGCCCAACAGUUUGCAGUUGACUCAGUAGAUUACACAAUGAUACAAACGAUUUGCAAACGGGACGCUAAUAUUUCUAAAGUCAACGCCAUUAAGGACUGGAGAAAUUUUAGAAAUUUAAUUAAGGAUAUUUCUCCACCCUGCAGUAAGAUGAUAUUGAAAUGUAAAUAUGGAGGAACGAAUUUCAAUUGCAGCGAGAUUUUUCGACCCAUUCUUACCGAUAAUGGAGUUUGCUGUUCGUUCAAUAUGGUCGAUCCCAAGUUUAUGUACCGAGAAUAUCCAAGAGAUUAUCAACCAGUCGAUUGGAGUUCGGAGGCUGGCUAUCCGGCCAUUUUACCAGAAAAAUUCAUACCAAUGAAAAGUUUGGGUGCAGGUGAAAGUGUUGGACUCAGCUUUGUAUUAGAUGUUGAGAGCGAGGAAUACUAUUGUUCCACAUCAGAUAGCAUCGGCUUUAAAAUUCUACUACACAAUCCGCUUGAAGUGCCUAAUAUGAGAGAAAUUGGACUUUUGCUUUCGCCUGGGCGAGAAACCAAAAUCCGCAUUCAACCUGAUAAAAUCGAAUCUGAAAGAUAUCUACGUUAUAUUAGUAAAAGCUCACGCAAAUGCUUAUUCGAAGAUGAGGAAUAUUUGGAAAUGUACAAUGAGUAUACGCAACGCAACUGUGGAGUUCAAUGCAGUGCUGGAGAAAUUUUGGAAAGUUGUGGCUGCUUGCCAUAUUACGUACCAAUGAUAUAUGGUAAUGAAACCAUUUGCGGCGUGCGUGACUACUCCUGUGCUGAGCGUAUUCGAAUGGAGACCUUGCACAUAAAAAACUCGAGAAGAGUUUGUUCAGAGUAUUGCGCUCCUUCCUGCAACGAUCUCUCCUACUUCCCAUCGUUUUUUUCUGCUCCACUACUAAAUACCAGUUUUCAGGGUGAAGAGGACAAAUUGGAUAAAAAUAUCAACAGCACGUAUUUGGAGAAAAAUAUCGCUGUGGUAAAAAUAUACUUCAGAGACAGCACCUAUAGAAGCCAGAAAAAUUCUGACUUCAUUGGGGCAACAGAUUUCUUAUCAAAUAUUGGAGGUAUAAUUAGUCUAUUCUUCGGCUUCAGCUUUAUAUCGCUAGCUGAGUUGGUCUACUACGGUAUCUUAAGGCCGUUGAGAUUGAUUUUCUACAUACAAAAAUCCCAAGUUGCAAGAUUGGCUAAAACACAAAAACGCAAAUCAAUUCAGCUCUUCUUCAGAAACCAAUAA